UAAUGACUUUUGCUGCUCUAACCUCAAAAAGAGUUGUUUAUCGAGUAGCAAUCACCAGGCCAAUCCAACUUUCUGCAAUUACCGUAAAGUACUUAAACAAAUGAGAAGAGAAUGAGUCCAUCAAAGGGACCAGCUCAAAUAGACUAUGACGAUCCAAAAUACAGAAUUACGCCUGUUCAACAAGCUGCGGCUUCGUGUACUGGGGCACUUUUAACCUCCGUUAUAAUGACUCCUUUGGAUGUAGUGAAAAUUCGAAUGCAGGCCCAACAGAAAGCCACGAAUUCAUGCUUUUUGUAUUGCAAUGGGUUAAUGGAUCAUAUUUGUAGUUGUCAACCGAUGGACCCGAAAAACCCUUGGUAUAAGAGACCUAGUCAGUUUAGUGGGACGUUGGACGCUUUUGUGCAAAUUGGGAGAGCUGAGGGCGUCACCUCACUGUGGAGUGGACUGAGUCCCACUUUAGUAUUAUCCAUUCCUGCCACAAUAUGUUACUUUGUUACGUAUGAGCAACUUAGGCUGAAAUUAAAGGCGAAAUAUAACAGUAAUAAGUUGCCGAAUGAAUCAGCCAGACAGCCUUUCUGGAUCCCGCUUGUGUCUGGUGCAAGUGCUAGGGUACUAUCGGUUACCCUUGUUAAUCCUUUAGAACUAAUACGGACCAAGAUGCAGUCGCAAAAGCUAAGUUAUUUAGAAUUAGGAGAAGCGUUAAAAAAUUUAGUUAGGACGGAUGGUUACAAGGGACUGUGGAGAGGAGUAUUCCCCACACUUUUACGAGAUGUUCCAUUCUCAGCUAUUUACUGGAUGAGUUAUGAGUCUAUUAAAAGUUACAUGGGGUGCGAUCAUCCAUCAUUUCGCCAGAGUUUUAUUGGAGGCGCAAUAUCUGGCAGCAUAGCUGCUACAAUUACAGUUCCGUUCGAUGUGGUAAAAACCCAUCAGCAAAUCGAGUUUGGUUCCGAUUUCUUUAGCGAGAAUGGCAAACCUGCAAAGAGACAACGCAGGUCAACCGCUAUGGUGUUUCGCGAUAUUUACAGUCAAUAUGGGGUGCGAGGUUUAUAUACUGGCUUAACCCCGCGACUAAUAAAAGUCGCUCCAGCUUGCGCCAUUAUGAUAUCAUCCUUCGAGUAUGGAAAAGUGUUUUUCAACAGGCCCAAAACGAAACCCGAGGAUAAGAUGGUGGCUUUGUAUAAUAUAGAUCAGUUACUACAGACAACCUCGAGUGCCCAAAACAUGUAUUAUGAGUAAAGGGGUUAUUGAUAUAUUUGAUGUCCGAUUUUCGAUUAUUUAUGUUCAAUUUCCCUUCCGGUAUUAAGACUUUGUAGUUGAUUAAGUACGGGCUCGGAAUGUUAGAUGAGGUUUAUUUUUGGAUACCUCGAUUUGUUCACAUAUCCUUUGGUACUCCAUAAACGGUAGGAAAUCCCCAAUGUAUGCGUUUCACUUUAUUAUGAGAAUUCGCAAAAUUUCCUUCCGUUGAGUUCAGCUUCACCAAAACGUUUUCCAAUUCAGCUCAUAUGUUUUUAGUUAAUGUGGAUUUUAGUAUAAAUUUCCGUUAAUUUCUUCAAAAUUUGAACAAAGCUAGGAUUAUCCAUAACUAAACAAUCCUUUUCAGUCAAGUUCAACCUACUAACUGGCUUUAGAGGCUUUUGAGCUUAGUUUUCAUAUUUUUAAACGCUCUCCUUACAGUUCUCGGUUUAUGGAAUUUGAGAUUUGCUGUUGAAACUUUAAUAGGAUUUUUCUAUUAUACAGGGUGUCCCGUAAGCUCAUGAUCAGGGUACUGCGAUAUUUUUGGACCAAAAGAAGACCAUCUGAUCUAACUUUUAUUAACGAAAAAUGUCUGGAUCCUCUCCUAUUGAUGGUCAAAGUUCUUCAAAAAAUUUAUCUUUUUCGAAAUAUAGGAAGUUUG